AUGUUAAAGUAUUUAUUUAUAACUAUUUUUUUGAUCCCUCUUUGUUUAGUUAAUAAUUGUUGAUGGUUGGUUCAUUCUUUAAUGUUUCUGUCUAGUUUUGUUUUUAUGCUUUGUGUUUAUUCAUAUGCAGAUUUAAAUAUGAUUAGAUAUUAUUUUGGUAUUGAUUAUUUUUCUUUUAGUUUAAUUCUACUUAGUUUUUGAAUUUGUUCUUUAAUAAUUACUGCUAGAGGUUCAGUUUAUUUAAGUUCUUAUCAUUCUAAUUUUUUUGUUUUUAUAGUUUUGAUUUUAAUGAUUAUGCUUUAUUGUUCAUUUGCUAGAUUGAGUCUUCUUUCUUUUUAUAUUUUUUUUGAGGCUAGAUUGGUUCCUACUUUACUUUUGAUUUUGGGUUGGGGAUAUCAACCUGAACGGUUGCAGGCUGGUGUUUAUUUAAUUUUUUAUACUUUGGUUGCUAGAUUGCCUUUAUUAUUAGUUUUAUUUAGGGUUUAUGAUUUUUCUAAUACUUUAUAUUUUCCUUUAUUGGUUGAUUUUGGUUCUUAUUAUUUUAUGUUUUAUGUUUUUAUAAUUCUUGCUUUUUUAGUUAAGAUGCCAAUAUUUUUGGUUCAUUUAUGGCUUCCUAAGGCCCAUGUUGAGGCCCCUAUUUCAGGUAGAAUAAUUCUUGCUGGUGUUUUAUUAAAGCUAGGUGGUUAUGGUAUUUUUCGUGUUAUAAAGGUUAUUUCUUAUUUGGGUUUAAAGUUUAAUUAUUUUUGAUUGUCUUUAGGUUUAUCCGGUGGUGUUAUUGUUAGAUUUAUUUGUUUUCGUCAGGUUGAUUUAAAAUCUUUAAUUGCUUAUUCUUCUGUUGCUCAUAUAAGAAUGGUUAUUGGGGGAUUGAUAACUAUGAAUUGAUGAGGUUGUAUAGGUUCUCUUUCUUUAAUGGUUGGUCAUGGUUUGUGUUCUUCUGGUUUAUUUUGUCUAUCUAAUAUUAUUUAUGAGCGUUUAGGUAGACGAAGAUUAUUAAUUAAUAAGGGUAUAAUUAAUUUAAUGCCAAGAAUGGCUUUAUGAUGAUUUCUUUUGAGAUCUUCUAAUAUAGCUGCUCCUCCUUCUUUAAAUUUGGUAGGUGAACUUAGAUUAUUAAAUAGAAUUAUGUCUUGAUCUUCUUUUAGAUUUCUUGCUUUAAUUUUUUUGUCUUUUUUUAGAGCUGUUUAUACUUUAUAUAUGUAUUCUUAUUCUCAGCAUGGUAAUUAUUAUUCUGGUGUUUAUACUUGUUCUCUUGGUUAUUUUCGUGAAUAUCAUCUUUUACUUUUACAUUGAUUGCCUUUAAAUAUUCUUUGUUUAAAGGGUGAGUAUUUUUUUGUUUAG